AUUCUGAUCUGCUCCAAGGGACACCUGUCGUAGUGUGGCGAGCCAGAACGGACACACAUGCUCCUGCAUGUUCCCCCAGGGCUGCGGACUCAGCCUCACCAUGCAGGAAGGCUCGGGACCGAUCACCUGUGACGGCGAGACACAGGACGCAAGGCCAUGCAAGUGCUGAGUGAGAAGCUGCCACCUGCUCGCCCUACUGUUCAAGAAGUGCUGAAACAGACACAUCUGCUCCCUGCCCAUUCAUGGAGAACACAGAGGUGGAGUCGGACAUUCUGCGCAGCGUGCGUGCCCUCCUUCGAGAACUCGAUGGACACCAUCAUGCCUUCCAGGGUGAGCGAGGGAUGUUGCGCUGGACCUUGCAUAAGAAAAUUGAUCGGAAUCCCCUCAACAGUGCCAUCUUGGUUAAAAUCCUGGUGAAAGAGCUGGAAAGGGCAGAAAAAGGAGAUUACAGACAUUACAUCAUCCCCCUGCUUCAUACAUUAAUGUACACCCUAAUAAAGGUAAGAUCUGCAGAUGGUAUUUAACAAUCCAGGGAAAUUCAAAGCUAUGGGGCCUGGCCCUGAGAACACUUGCACCCAAUUUAUAGCAGAAUAGGUAGUGUGGCCUCGUGGACACUGUAUUA